AUGGAUUCUUUGGAUGACGAAGGUGAAGCACCACCACGUUCCGUAGGAAUCUACGAAUUUGUGGAUGGUGAGGAUGAACCCAUUUCCUUUGCGGAGUUACCAAUUCAGUGGAAGAAAGUUGAGACUCCAGAUGGGAAGCAAAAGCAGAUCUUCUUACGUGGGUCAUUUGAUAAAGGACUUCAGAAAAUCUAUGAGCAGGUUGUAGCUUGGAAGUUUGAUCUUUCUAAUGAGAAGCCUGAGAUUUCGGUGUUAACGAAAGAGAAUUACUGGAUCAGGCUUCUGAAUCCAAGGAAUGCUUAUGAGAAUAUAAUUAGGACGAUCUUAAUCACGGUGCACUGCCUAUAUCUUGUGAAAAGGAAUCGAGGAACGUCCUACAAAGCUUUGUGGGAUCAUUUGGGUAAAGUCUUCAGCUUGUUUGAGCCCAGGCCUUCUGAAAAUGAUCUUGUAGACCACGUUUCUUUAUUUGAUGAAGCUGUUAAGAGAGAUGCAACAUUGGCAAAAUCAAAGGUUGUAUUGAGGAUUAGGCCAGCUAAUGGCCUUGGAAAUGGAGAUGGAAUGGUUAAGAAAGUUUCUGAGGAUUCAGUAUCUGUUGGUGACAGAACGUACACGUUUGAUUCAGUUUUAGACUCAAAAUCAUCUCAAGAGGACGUGUAUCAAUUAGUUGUCACCGGUUUAGUUAAGGAUGCAUUGGCAGGUUACGACACAUCGAUAUUGGCUUAUAUAUGGACAGGUAGUUUUGGCCGCGGACCCCCCAGCGCAAUGGUUGAGAAUGGUCCAUCAGUCAGUGGUCUUCAGGACAUUGUGCCACGCAUUUUCCGGGGUCUCUUUUCUGAGAUUCAAAAGGAACAUGAGAGUUCUGAUGGUAAACAGAUAAAUUAUCUGUGCUGGUGCUCCUUUCUUGAGGUGUCCAGUGAAAAAACUGGGGAUCUGCUUGAUCCGACACAGAGAAAUCUAGAUAUAAAGGAUGAUGAAAAAGUUGGAUUUUAUGUUGAGAUUUUAACGGAAGAGUAUGUCUCCAGCCACGAGGAUGUCACCCAGAUUUUGAUCAAGGAUCACUUCAGAUUACUUUAUGCUGCAGGGGCUAUCAAGUAG